AUGAGGAAGAUAGAUUCUAGCAAUAAGCUAAUAUUAAUUAAAGUUUGCUUAUAUUUUAUUGAUUUGUUUUAUUGGGUUUCUGGGGUUAUGCUCCUGUGCAUAGGAGUCUCUGUCCAGAUGAAACUCCAUGACACUUUCACGGUGGUGAAUGAAGCUUCAUCUGGUGUCCCUGUGAUUAUCACCGUUGUUGGUGGUGUGAUCGUCUCCGUCUCAGCCUUUGGUGCAAUUGCCAUACUGAAAUCCAAUCAGACGAUGAUCAAAGUGUUCACAGGCAUGCUGCUGAUUAUCUUCUUGAUUGAAAUCCUAGUUGGCAUCUCUGCCUAUGCUUACAGAGGGAAGCUGCAUGACAACCUAUUGAGAAGCUUCCUGAAGACUCUUGACAAAUAUAACAGAGAAUCCCAAGUAACCAAAGGAGUAGACCACCUACAGGAGAAGUUCCAAUGCUGUGGUGCUCAGAAUUACACUGACUGGUUCAAUACUACAUUUGGAUCUCUCAAUUCAGCUGUUCCAAAUAGCUGCUGCAAGAUUAUAACGAAAAGUUGUGGCAUGAAUCUAAGCAACGAUGCAGCUAACAUUAACCAACAGUUACUUGGGAUCUUAUUUAGCUACAUGCUACUGAGACUACUUAAUGAAGAUUAUGUGAACUUGUGAGUCUUCAGAAUGAUUGUGCA